GGGCCAGUCGAUCGCGGCAGUCGAGUGACUGCAGUCCGGCUGCAAGGUGAUGACGCUCCAAUGACUUCGCCACGGAAUCACAUUAGAACCCUUCUCAGCCUCUACUGGCUCAUCCCGUUGGUCAUCAGUCAAGAUUACAAUGGCAAUGUUGUCUUUGAUAUGCUGGAGAUCUAUCGACGCGGACAAGAGCAAUUGGAUUUGGAGAACCUGGAUGAGGCUCAAUCGGUGUCGGCUAAAUAUGAUUUCAUAAUAGUGGGAGCUGGAACAGCGGGUUGUGCCUUGGCAGCUCGUCUCUCCGAGAAUGCCAAAUGGAAAGUUUUACUAUUAGAAGCCGGUGGCCCGGAAAACUAUGCCAUGGAUAUACCCAUAUUGGCACAUCUUCUGCAGCUGGGCGAGGUUAACUGGAAGUACAAGACGGAACCGUCGCAAAGCUAUUGCCUGGCCAUGAACGGCAAUCGUUGCAACUGGCCCAGGGGCAAGGUGAUGGGCGGCAGUUCGGUGCUCAACUACAUGAUGUACACCAGAGGCAAUCGCCGGGAUUACGAUCGCUGGGCGGCACUGGGUAAUCCCGGCUGGAGCUAUGAUGAACUUCUACCCUAUUUCAAGAAAUACGAAGGCAGUGUAAUACCCGAUGCCGAUGCCAAUUUAGUGGGCCGUCAAGGUCCCGUGAGGGUUAGCUAUUCGGAGACAAAAACUCGCAUAGCCGAUGCUUUUGUUCGGGCCUCCAAUGAUGCGGGUCUGCCACGUGGGGAUUACAAUGGAGAGUCACAAAUUCGGGUGUCCUACUUACAGGCGAAUAUCUACAAUGAAACACGUUGGAGCUCUAAUAGAGCUUACCUAUAUCCGAUUAAAGGAAAACGUCGAAAUCUUCAUGUAAAAAAGAACGCUUUGGUCACCAAAGUCUUGAUUGAUCCGCAGACCAGGUCAGCUUAUGGUGUAAUGGUUAAAAUGAAUAGCAAACUGCAGAAGAUCUUGGCCAGAAGGGAGGUGAUUCUCUCAGCGGGAGCUAUAAAUACACCCCAGCUACUAAUGCUUUCGGGAAUUGGACCUGCCAAACAUCUUCGAGAGAUGGGCAUCAAACCCUUGACUGAUCUUGCCGUUGGCUAUAACCUACAGGAUCAUAUAGCCCCCGCUAUUAGUAUCCUUUGCAAUGUCACUUCCUUGCAAAUCAGUGACAUGUUCAGUGUUAAGGCCAUGUCGGAUUUCCUACAAAGUCGCGGAGUUCUACGGAUACCAGGUGGUGUGGAAGCCAUAUCAUUUUAUGCCCUAGACGAUCCUAGCAAUCCCGAUGGUUGGGCUGAUAUGGAACUCUUUGUGGUUGGGGGUGGACUGCAAACUAACUUGGCCUUGCGUCUUGCCUUGGGCAUCCAGUCGAGUAUCUAUGAGAAAAUGUUCGGUGAACUGGAACGUGAGAAUGCCAAUGGUUUUAUGAUAUUCCCCAUGAUCCUGCGGGCCAAAAGUCGUGGACGCAUCAAGCUAAAGAGUCGUAAUCCUGAAGAACAUCCCCUAAUUUAUGCCAAUUAUUUCUCCGAUCCCUAUGAUCUGAAUAUCACAGUUCGUGGAAUCGAACAGGCAGUUAGUUUACUAGAUAAACCAGCCUUUAAAGCCAUUGGAGCUCGGCUAUUUGAGAAAAGGAUACCAAAUUGUGCCAAAUACAAAUGGAAAAGUAGUGCCUAUUGGUCUUGCUAUGCCCGUCACUUCACCUUCACUAUUUAUCAUUAUUCGGGUACGGCCAAGAUGGGUCCACGUCAAGAUCCCUCAGCUGUGGUGGAUGCCCGUUUAAGGGUCCAUGGCAUUGAGAAACUUCGCGUUGUGGAUGCCAGUAUUAUGCCCUAUUUGAUCUCGGGUCAUCCCAAUGGACCUGUUUAUCUAAUAGCUGAAAAGGCAGCUGAUAUGAUCAAAGAGGAUCAUAAUUUCCUAUAGAUUAGGUUUUUGGGUAGAUCAGUUAAGGGGGCUAUAUAGAUCUUAACAGCUUAUCUUAUGUAUAUAUAAUGAUUUUUGGAGUGAUUUUCUAGUGAAUUAAAGUACAAAUCUAAGAACUAUUAA